CAUUUGUCCGGAUUGAUGGGCCGAACUUGUAGGGCAAUUGAGAUGGAAAAAUAAUAAAAAGAAAGAGAAAAACACAGGAGAAGAGAAGAGAGUAGAAGAUACGAAGAUUUGAGGCAUUUAUAUAAUCGAAAUUGGAAGCGAGGAAGGAAAAUCGAAAUCGAAAAUGGCAGUAAUGGAGAGGUUGAAGAUGUUCGUCGUUCAAGAGCCAGUUGUCGCCGCUUCCUGUCUCAUCGCUGGCUUCGGUCUUUUUCUUCCUGCUUUUGUGAGGCCCAUGUUGGAUUCAUAUCAGGCAACCAAGCAACCUCCUCAACCUGCUUUAAGCGAUGUGGUUGCAGGUAUGACUGGAAAAAAGUAAAGGUGAUUUACUUGACAGAUACAAGUGCAAAUUUGCUAAUUUCCUUGUUUGAACUUAUUUUAAUUCUCAAAUGUGAGAGAAAUAAGAGUACUGAAUAUUGGAUCUAGCUUCCGUGUCUGACGAUGUCUAUUUGUUCCGGAAUCAUUCAGUGGUUUCACUUCAUAUUAGUUUUGGCUGAGUUGUGGUUGAAAUGUCAGUUUUUCUGCCGCUUGAUUAAUUCGGCCUGUACUAGCAGAUACGAUUUCUGAAAUUGUUUCUAUGGAUCAAUGUGAAGUAUUUUUAGAUACGUAAACACAUGAAUGUUGUUUAGUA